GUCGGAAAACCAGACCCAUCUUAGAAAACCGGACCCAAAUACAAGAGUGAAAAUCCAUGCGAUGCGUGAGUUGUGGGAAUUGAUUCUGACCAGUGAUAUGUUGCUGUGCAGCGCGUCAAAACUAGGGACAUGGGUAGGCCAAAGAGUCUUCGCAGCAAAGCGGCCCACUUUGUGAUUUAUAUCACUACUGGAUUGCUCAACCCCAUUUCUGACAAACCCUCCGAACCUUCCCCUUCUCCUCCUCCUGUAUGCUCUCUAUCUUUCUUUACUCGAAACCCUUUCUGGGUUUUAAGGGUUCUUUACUGGGUGCCAAAAAACCCAGUUCUCUGAUGUGCCAAAGAUUAGGGCUUUUCUAGGUUUUGGAGCUGUGGGUGCAAAACCCAGUUCUUCAAUUUGUUUAUAAAUAACUGAAAAUCAAUACUAUUUGCCAGGAAUUUUUGAUGAAAGUUUGCCCAUGAAAAUUUUGUUACUUAUAAUACAUGUUGGAGUCAUUUUUGUUACUUAUUGUGAAACAUGAGACUCUGAGUUUGCGUAGCUGUAUAGAUGAAGUAGUUUUGUUUGGACUGUGUCUGUGUGAAACUCUUGUUAGAAUGGAGUCUGUGACUGUGUAAUUCUUGUGUCAGCAGGAAGAUGUGGAUGGGUCCAGAUGAAGUCAAAAUGGAACAAUGAGUGAAGAGAGUCCAGCUAAUCCAGUUGAUGGGCCUGACACUCACUGUUAUCGUCAUCAGAGUAGGGAGAUAAGAGCAAAAGUUCGGAUGAACAGGUUGAUGACCAAAUGGAUAAGAGCAACUCAUUGUCUGAUUCUGCAGUGAAAGCAAACAGUGGGAAGAGAAGCUUGUUUUCCAAGGGGAAACACACGCUUAGUAAAGCUAUGUACCAGGCUGCAAGAUUUGGUGGGUAUCGGAGUCAAGAGCGGAAGGGUAACCUUGAUGUAAAAGGUGAUGAUGGGAAUGACUCUGAGUUCGCUGGAGUUGAGAUGAGGCAUAUGCAGAAACCACAAAAGCCUGUGGCCUUGGUUCAUUUGACAGACAUCUCCGAACUGUCUUUACUUCUUACUGAGAAAACUAGAAUUGCUCUUUACAGUUCACUCCCGGCGCUAGUACAGGGAAGACGAUGGUUGUUACUAUAUAGUACAUGGAGGCAUGGCAUAUCACUUUCAACCCUAUACAGAAGAAGUAUGCUUUGGCCUGGCCUCAGUUUGCUGGUUGUUGGAGACCGUAAAGGUGCAGUUUUUGAUGGCUUGGUGGAGGCACCUCUAAGACCAAUCAACAAGAAGUAUCAGGGAACAAAUGAUACAUUUGUUUUCACAAAUACACCUGACCAUCCUGUUAUAUAUCACCCUACAGGUGCCAACCGCUAUUUCACAUUGUGCGCUACUGACUUUUUAGCUAUUGGUGGGGGUGGUCAUUUUGCACUCUACUUGAACAGUGAUCUAUUGAGUGGAUCAAGUUCAGUUUCAGAAACCUAUGGGAAUCCAUGUCUUGCAAACUCAGAAGACUUUGAUGUGAAAGAAGUAGAGUUAUGGGGUUUUGUUUAUGCUACUAAGUAUGAGGAAGUACUUGCUCAAAGCCGUAUGGAGGCACCUGGGGUUUGCCGAUGGUGAAUACUUCAUUUGGAACUCAUUUUACUGUGGUGGUUAGUAUCAUCACCUUAGCUGAGGCUUAUUAUUGUUUCUGGAGCUGGAUGCAAACGAUGUUACAUUAUAUGGAUGACUUUCCUUUUGGAUUUUGUAAAUAUAAGUCUUUCAUGUACAUAUAAAAUACAUAAGCAGUGUGUGCAAGCAAUUUUGAUUAGAUAGUGAUUGUAAAGGUUGAACUUUUUAUGAUAAUGAUAUAUUUCUUCACA